CGGGCAGACGGCAGCGCCAUGGCCAAGUGGGGCCAGGGGGACCCGCGCUGGAUCGUGGAGGAGCGAGCGGACGCCACCAACGUGAACAACUGGCACUGGACGGAGCGGGACGCCACCAGCUGGUCGAAAAGCAAACUGGAGGAGCUGCUGGUGGGGAUCGUGGUGGGCAACGAGGCGGGCAGCUGUGAAAUAAGCGACCUGAAGCAAGUGGAAGGCGAAGCCUCCUGCAACAGCCGGAAAGGGAAACUGAUUUUCUUCUACGAAUGGAACAUCAAACUUAGCUGGAAAGGUACAAUGAAAGAAUCUGGUGAGAAACAUGAGGGAUCUGUUGAAAUUCCUAACCUGUCAGAAGAAAAUGAGGUGGAUGAUACAGAGAUAAGUGUAAGCAAAAAGAAAGGAGAUGGAGAUGUGCUAAAGAAUCUUAUGAGAACAGAAGGAACUUCAAAAGUCAGGGAGGCUCUCAGAGAUUAUCUGAAAGUUCUUAAAACAGAGUUUACUCUGGGAAUGAUCCUACCAACCAAAACUUCAGCUGGUCCGGAACUGGUGGUUAAAAAAAAAUUGAUUGAGAAUAAUGUGCAGGAUUCUGUUAUACCAGUUUCCUUGGAUACAGUUGGUGUAAAGAUUCCAACAGUAAAGAUACUUCUGAAAGAGACGUUUGACUCUCCAGUAGAGGAGCUUUAUAGCAUCUUCAUAACUAAGGAGUUGGUGCAGAAAUUUUCUAAAAGUUGUGCUGUGAUUGAAGCCAAAAGAGGAGGAAAACUUCAAAUGUUUGAUGGUUGUAUUACCGGUGAAUAUAUAGAAUUGUUACCCAGCCAAAGGAUUGUCAUGAAAUGGAGAUGCAGGAACUGGCCUCAUGAACAUUAUGCAACAGUUGCUUUGAAUUUCAAGGAUCAGGUAACUCAAACUGAAUUACAGUUAGAGUGCAAAGGAGUCCCUGUCUGUAAUGAAGACAGUACAAGACAGUGUUGGCAGAAGCAACAUUUUGAAGAAAUACGUGUUUUACUGCAGCAGCCCAAAGUAAAUACUGAAUGACGAUUGCACUGUAGUUAGUUUUAUUA